AUGGCGACCCCAGUCAUCCAGAUCAACAACCCAGAUGCCCCCAAGGAUCGCCAACAGGCUGUGGUGAUCGCGACCAAAGAGGCCCGGUGCUAUCGGGAGAAGAAGCUGGUGUUCCCCAACCCUCCACAGGAGCUGCUCAACCAGACCACCGCUUUGGCACACGCAGAGAGGCUCCUUCGAGCAGAGGGCAUCCCCGCGCCAUCGCGUCAGCAGUGCCUCGGAAAGCUGGUGUUGCCGUUCGGCCAGUAUCUGAAUGCCCCAUUUUACUGGCUUGUGGCAAAUGAUGUGGGCUACAUGAAGUACAUGCUUGACAAGCACAGAGAAGAGGUGACAAACCCACAAAGAAAGGGACAGUUGGGGAACCAGUGGGUGAAAGACCACCUCACUGAAUAUGCAGAGAGCUUCCCACAAGUCUCCGCUCUCCUCGAGGCCAACAUCGACAGGUGUAUCUACGGCCAGAGAGGAUUUGAGCAUCACACCUUUCAGGAGAUGUGGGAACUCUACAGCCAGUACCACACCCAGAAGGACAGGCCUGAGCAAUUCAGUGCUGAGCAGAGGGAGGUGAUGAAGAAGGCCUACAGCUCUGUGAGGAGGUGGCAGAACACACCGGUCACCCACAUCUUGAGUGUGCAGAUGAAGCGCUUCAAGAAAUAUAUAAAGGAGAAGGAGCAACAACUGCAGGCAAGCACCUCCCAGCAGGCAAGCACCUCCCAGCAGGCAAGCACCUCCCAGUUCGACCCCUCAUCAUGGCCAGGCGAUGACGCUGAACUGGUAGCCGCAAGCCAGGCAGUUGAAGGUAAUCACCAUCCGGUGUCCGGUGGAAGCAGCCCGAAGCCGCUGUCCAGCAGUCCGAAGCUGCCCGAGGCCGCUGUCCGACCGAAGCUGCCCGAGGCCGCUGUCCAGCAGUCCAAGCUGCCCGAGGCCGCUGUCCAGCAGUCCAAGCUGCCUGAGGCCGCUGUCCAGCAGUCCAAGCUGCCCGAGGCCGCCGUCCGACCGAAGCUGCCCGAGGCCGCUGUCCAGCAGUCCAAGCUGCCUGAGGCCGCUGUCCAGCAGUCCAAGCUGCCCAAGGCCGCUGUCCAGCAGCCCAAGCUGCCUGAGGCCGCUGUCCAGCAGUCCAAGCUGCCCAAGGCCGCUGUCCAGCAGCCCACGCUGCCUGAGGCCGCUGUCCAGCAGUCCAAGCUGCCCGAGGCCGCCGUCCGACCGAAGCUGCCCGAGGCCGCUGUCCAGCAGUCCAAGCUGCCCAAGGGCGCUGUCCAGCAGUCCAAGCUGCCCGAGGCCGCUGUCCAGCAGCCCAAGCUGCCUGAGGCCGCUGUCCAGCAAGUCCAAGCUGCCCGACGCCGCCGUCCGGCCGAAGCGGCCUGA